AUGACAUCCAAACAUCCCCCCUUCAAAGAAGUGGAAAACUCCCGCCCGCCGUGGCGCGAGGACGUCUCGCCGACGUACACGCGCACCCGCAACCCGGACUGGAAGCCCGGCGAGGGCGCCAACGAUGGCGGUGCCAGCCUGAGCAAAAAGCACGUCGAGAUCGACCCGUAUGCUGAGGGACGGGCGCCUAUCCUCAACUACAAGCUGCUGAUCAGCGCGGUGGUUCCACGGCCGAUUGGGUUUAUGAGCACGAGGUCGAGGGAUGGCACAAAAACCAACCUCUCCCCCUUCAGCUUCUUCCAGAUGAUCGGGUUCGACCCGCCGCUGUUCGUCUUCGGCAUCGUCGGGUCGCCGACAACCAACCCCAAGGACAGCCUGCGCAACGCGAUCGAGAGCGGCGAGUGCGUCAUCAACAUCAUCUCGGAGCACUUCAUCGAGGCGGCCAACUUCACGUCCAUCGACGCGCCGUACGGCGUGUCCGAGUUCGCCGUGUCGGGCCUGCACAUGGCGCCGUCGGCCGUGGUGUCCGCGCCGCGCGUGCAAGAGGCCAUUUUCUCGGUUGAAGCCCGCCUCGUCGAGACGCGCGAGUACAAGAGCAAGCUCGACCCCAGCCGCACGUCGUCCACCAUGCUCGUCGUCGAGGGCGUGCGCUUCUGGGCCCGUGAGGACGCUAUCAACGACGACCGCGACCGCCUUGACCCGGCUAUUCUAAGGCCUAUGAGCCGUCUGGGCGGUAUCUCGUACGGCCGGCUGACGGAGAUGAUGGAGUUGCCGCGACCGGAAUGGGCCAAGUUGGAUGAGGAGGAGAAAAGGAAGUUUUCUAGUCAGAGUUAG